CUAUAAUAUUUUAGGAGUUCUAGUUAAGGAUAAAGAAAAGAAAAAAAAAAGUGCCCAAACCCUAACCCUCGAUUACAAUUUACAAUUCGCUCUUUCUCUCUCUAGAUUCAUCGAAACACUCAAAUUUUCGGAUUCUCAGCAUCAAAAUUAGAGGAACAGAUAUUCUUUAGGUGGUGAAAUAGAAUGACUACAGCAGCUCGACCUACAUGGGCACCUGCAAAGGGUGGCAAUGAGCAAGGUGGUACAAGGAUUUUUGGUCCAUCUCAAAAGUAUUCUUCCAGGGAUCUUGCUGCACAUACAAACCUAAAGCCGAGGAGAGACGGUCAGGACACCCAGGAUGAAGUUCAGAAGAGGAACCUUCGUGAUGAGCUAGAAGAUCGUGAGCGAAGGCACUUUUCAUCGAAAGACAAACCUUAUGGUGAGGAUAGAGACCGAAGAAAGGGAGGCCAUCUUCUCCUGGAAGGGUCAAAAAGGGAUGCUGAAGACCGUAUUGCUCCUAGAAAUGUAGAUGCUGAUGAUUCUGAUGUGGACGAUAAAAGCGAUGAUGAAAGUGAUGAUGACGAUGAUGAUGAUGAGGGUGACACUGAAGCGCUUUUAGCAGCGCUUGAACAAAUAAGGAAGGAAAGGACUGAGGACAAGUUGAGAAUGGAUCGACAACAGCAAGAGGAAGAAUUGAAAACCAAAGAAGCAGAACUUAUGAGGGGAAAUCCUUUACUUAAUAAUGUUACUGGUCCAACCAGCUUCAAUGUGAAAAGAAGGUGGGACGAUGAUGUCGUGUUCAAGAAUCAAGCUCGUGGGGAAACGAAGAAAGCUAAGCGCUUCAUCAAUGAUACUAUCAGGAGUGAUUUCCACAGGAAAUUUCUUCACAAGUACAUGAAGUAAUUUGUAUUAAUUAAUCAUGAGAUGACAGCUACUGUUUUCCUAUAUCCUUAACAAUGUCUUGCAAAAGAAUGUCCUUGGUCUUAUGCGUGAUGGUGCAUUUCUGUGAUUUGAUUAUGCGCAAUGUUUGUACCGAAAUGACCGACUUAUGAUUAAUGUAUCAAGGAUUAAACUUCAA